AAAAUACUUCAUCCGCCUCCUACGACGUGAGGAUUUGCCUAUUCCAGCUUUUGCGGGCAACUCUGACUAUCAAAACGGCAUCUAAACGCCUUGACGCCCUGACCUAAAAUGUAAGAUUCUUACGUAGGGUAAAACAGUAAGUAAUACCUUUAGGAAAGUGUCACACAUAGGCAGCGGCUAUCGUAAAUGGAUGCUACCGAGGAGCGCAGCCCAAAGAGGGCCAGGAAAGAGGAGGCACCUGAAGGCUCAGGCGAAGGAUGCGUUGGUGGCGAGCCGCCCAGGGUGCCCUGGUUGCUGGGGGAGCGCACGGCGCUGCGGCAGGCCUUCAUCAUGUUCGGAGUGGGGCGCUGGAAGGAGAUCCACCUGGCCUUCUGCCGGCUGAACAAGUGCAAGCACGUGCGUACGGCAGGCGAGGUGGAGCGGGCCGUGUGGCACCUGCUGCAGGCUCUCCGCUCCCACACGAGUGACCCGGGUGACGCGGCGCUGCUGGACCAGCUGCUGCAGCCGGUGGCGCAGGCGGGCGACCUCACCACGGCGGGGGCGCCAUGGCCCAAGGUGGACAAGGGCAGUCGCUGGCUGAUGGGCCGCCUGCGCAACCUCUCCGACUUCAACUCCGCGCUGCGGUCGCUACAGCAGCAGCCGCAGGUGCAGGCGAGAGUACGGCAGCUGCUGGCGGCCAUGACCGACCGCUCCCCGCCCGCCACCUGGUGGAACCACGACUGCGACAUGGCGCUGUUGUACGGCAUGCACCGGGCUGGGUACGGCGAGUACGACGCGGUGUUUGCGGAUCCGGAGUUCCUGCCGGUGUUUCAGGGCGCGAGGGAGGCUCACUACGCCCGGCUACGUGAGCUGACUUCUGGAGCGGCGGCAGCAGCCGGAGGCGCUGCGGCGGGGUGUGAAGCUGCAGAGGCGCAGGACAAGCUGGCAGCCGCGGCCGCGGUGGUGGCAGCGGCGGCCUCGGCUGCCGCAGCAGACGUCCGUAACUCACAACCGAUGGCCGACGGCAGCAAGGGGGCCGGCGAGGAGGGCGAGGCAGCGGCGCCAACGACGGCUGCGGCAGAGGGCGACGCAGCCACUGCCGCCGCUGCCAAACCAGACGGCGCCGCCGCCGCCGCCACCUCAGCAGCUCCGCCUUCCUACGUCUGGCCUGACGGGCAAGCGUUGACGCCCCGGAUACGGCGGCUGUGUGAUCUGGUCCUGAAAGCUGUACGGCAGGUGGAGGAGGGUGUG